GGGGAGGCGCCGGUGGGCGCUGCCUUCCCCGGCUCGGUCCUGCCCGGCCCUGCCCACAGCGGGGCCCGGCGGCGGCGGGCGAGGCCCUGCGCGGCCCCUCGGCGUUGGCCGGUGCUCGGUCCUGGCCGGGGAUGGGCCCGGCGGAGCUGCCCAUCCCCAGCACACACGUGUGGGGCGCCUCUGAAAACCACUUUGUUUUAAUCUGUUGGUUUCCCUCUCUCCCGGCGCGUGCAGGCUUUCUUCGGAUUUCCAGAAAUUUAUUUUUCCUUUCGCCUUCCGCUCUAGUUUUUGUCUCCGCUUUCAUUUCUGAUGUGUGGCUUUUAUUUUUUUAAGCCACGCCACGUGCGUGCGAGGCGUGGAUCACCAUUCCCCUGAUUCUAAUGCUUACACACGCACUUAGUGCUUGCCAGGUAAAAUUCCGUGUUUAGAGUUACCUGUGGCUGAUAACAAAGGAGAUGAUCACUUGUUACCAACCAGAGCCAACACAAAAGGUGUAAAUAUUCUCUAUGAAUAAUCUCAAAAGCUGUGCAGUAGCCUGGUAAUAGUGCCAUUUUUUAUACCCAAAUAUAAAAAAGUGCCAUUUUUCACCCACUUGUGAAACACUCUUAUGAUUUUUUUUUUUCCUUUCAGAGAGAUUUUAAUGAACGUUGUGCCCAGUGUUCAGAAGUGAACUGGGGUCUCACUGAUGGAGGCAGAUAUUAUUGCAGAUCUUGCCACAAUGUUACUGAGAUGGAGGCUGUGAAUGGUAUGUUUGUGAAGGCUUUCAACUUAUACUCAAGAAACAAGCUGAAGCUUUAGAAGCAUUAGGAGUAUGUUCACAAAUGAAGGAUGAAGUUCUGUACAGUUUUUGGAGGUGUUACCUUCAGAAGAGCAAACAGGCAUAUUGCAACAGACCAGCUGGGGAAACUGUCAAAGCAUUAUCAGUACGUGAGAGUAGUACAGAUGUGGACAGUGAACCAGAAAGACCCAGCCUUCUGCACUUGCUGUCCCUCUCUGAAAGUGAGGGGGAUCUGCUGACUGACUGCAGCUUUGCCUCAUCCAUGAGCAAGGUUUCAGAAAGCACCUCUAUAUACUCUGGAUCAGUAGAUGGCAGCUUGUAUUUAAUGAAGAACCAAAAGGAGAAACUGAGGAUGACAAUGCCAACGACCCUUUCAUUUUGUUACAUGGCAUUACUCUGGUUGAGAGAACCGAUUACGUUGUCUGAGCUCUUAAGGUUUGUUGUUGAAGGUCAUAUUCCAUAUCUGAAUGUUUUUCAGCAUUUUCCGGAGAAGAUGAAAUUAUGUGGACUUGAUCUUAAGAUCUUUUGUGUAGAGUCAUGGCCUGUAUAUGAAGAAGUAUACAACAAAAUGCUUGAGCUUGCGGUGUUUUUAGACCUGCCUCGUUUUCCAGAUAUAACAGACAGCUGCUUUCUUCAUCCAGACAUGUUGUGCAUCAAGUACUUGAUGGAAGCUAAUUUACCUGAUGAAUUGCAUAAUUGGACUUGUCGAGUGGUGAAAAAAAUCGGUAUUGGAGAAGUGGAUUUCCUGACUCUUGUACCUGGAAAUAAGUCAACAAGAAAAGUGAAAUAUGAUAUUCUUGCUGCAGCAGUUAUUGUAGUUGUGCUCAAAUUACUGUUUUUAUUAGAUGAUCACUAUGAAUGGUUACUUUCAGACUUGGCUGAAGAAAGAAAUAAAAAUAACAAAGAAGGUGGUCUGUAUUUUGAGUUCAAGAAGUGGUACGAAGUGGUAAAACAUUCCUUGGAUGUGGAGCAAAAGAAAUUGGAUGAAGAAAGAGCCAAGUACCUGUGGAGAUGUGAAAAACCACUGUUUUAUUCAGUCAAGAAUAAAUCUAGAGUUCUAAAGAGAAGACAAAUGGUUGUGAAUUUACAAAAUCAGUUUGGCAAGCUGUCUGGUUCGGUGCGACGUGCUGAAAAGCCAAAUCCUUCAAGUUUUCAGUUAAGGUGGUCUGAAGAAAACACAGAUGGGAGUUGUUUUCAUGGGCAUAGCCUGAAGGGAAUUUUGCAAGAAAAAUGUGGUUUACUUACAGCCAUGAACCCUGACUAUUGGCUGUGUACAGUUAAACUGUGUAACGAGAAACUGUGUGGUCAUCUGGCUCAUUACAGAGAAGAGGACUUUCCCCAGAGUUACCAUUUUGUAUUAAGGUUAUUUUCCUUUCUUCUGAGGAUUCAGCCCUCUUAUAUCCAUGAUGAGGUGUGUAUGAUAGAACACAAACUUUUUAAUAAAAAGCUCUAUAAAAAGCUAAAAUACAACACAGUCCUAAGGAAGUAAAAGUGGCUUAAAACUCCCAGUAUUAAACCCAUGUAAAUUAGUUGGUUGGAUCCCAAACCAUGGUAUUACAUCUAAACUUAUACUGAUUAUUUUGUCAACAUGGAAAUUUUUUGUUAAGAUAGUAGUGCUGAGAUCUACUACUGUACUUUAGUUUUAAUGUCAUUUUAUCUAUAAUUUAAGUCAUGUUUAUCCAGCUGUGAAAGGAAACUGCCAAGGAAACUGUUAAUCACCAUUUAUUUCAUUACUUUGCAUCAGAGUGAACAGAAGGCUGUGAAAUAACCAUUUUUUGGGGCAUAAGUUGUACAUACUUGGAGUAUACUGGACAGCAUGUUAGCAUCUAAUUAUUGUGAGAUUUUGCAAUUAAAAUAUCUAUUUUUUUACCUACCAUUGUAUGACAUUAAAUGUAUUUCUAAAAAAUAAUGUUUGUUUUGUUUUUAAAUACUAUGUUAACAAAUAAAAGGAGCAGUUAGUUGAUGCUUUCA